UGUCCAGAAGAGGCGAGAGGACGAAGGCAGUCACGGCUCGGCAUUUCGACGCAGGCACGAAUCGGUUCGCUUACGUUCUGACUCCGGCGCCGACAUCGACGCAGCCACCCCCCUGCACGUCCGCUGCUCCUCAGUUCUCCCGGGUCCCUCCUCAGUUGCUCUGCCCUCGGGCCUCCAUCCUCUGUCUCUCUCGACGCCCCCCCGCCGCGCUGUCCUCUGUCUUUUGUCGGCCGCUGGGCGCUGCUCGGGCUCCUCCCGGCACCCCUCGACUGUCGUCUGUCUUCUACCCACGCUUGCAGAAAGUUCAAGAAGGUUUGCUUGAAAUGUCGCUGCUUUUGAUCUCUGACAAUAUUAAGCACAUAUAUAUACUUUGAUGUUUGAGGUCUGAACACGGAGAAUCAUUUGCCCGUUUAAGUAUGGCGUGGUUUAGGGCUGGGUCUUGUGCGGCAAAGCUUGCAAUUAGGAGGACUCUUGCUCAGGGUGGAUCAUAUGCAGCAAGAACACGAGCUCUUCCAUCCCAGAGUCGUUACUUUCACGCCACAGUUUUUAGGCAGAAGGCGCAGUCUGCCCCAGUCCCUCGACCUGUGCCCCUGUCCAGGUUGACCGAUAGCUUCUUAGAUGGGACCAGCAGUGUAUACCUAGAAGAGCUUCAAAGGGCUUGGGAGGCAGACCCCAACAGUGUUGACGAAUCAUGGGAUAAUUUCUUUAGAAACUUUGUGGGUCAGGCGGCUACUUCUCCUGGAAUUUCUGGUCAGACAAUCCAGGAGAGCAUGCGUCUGCUGUUGCUUGUGAGGGCUUACCAAGUCAAUGGUCACAUGAAAGCCAAGUUGGAUCCACUGGGUCUGGAAGAAAGAGAAAUCCCUGAUGAAUUGGAUCUUGCUCUUUAUGGUUUUACAGAAGCCGAUUUGGAUAGAGAGUUUUUCAUUGGGGUGUGGAGGAUGGCCGGUUUCUUAUCUGAGAACCGGCCGGUCCAGACACUGAGGUCUAUACUGACAAGGCUUGAGCAGGCUUAUUGUGGAAGCAUCGGAUUUGAAUAUAUGCACAUCGCUGACCGUGAGAAAUGCAACUGGCUGAGAGACAAAAUUGAAACCCCAACUCCAAUGCAAUACAAUCGCCAACGCCGCGAAGUUAUUCUGGAUAGGCUUAUUUGGAGCACGCAGUUUGAGAACUUCCUGGCUACCAAAUGGACUACUGCCAAAAGAUUUGGUCUUGAAGGUGGAGAGACUCUGAUUCCAGGCAUGAAGGAAAUGUUUGAUAGAGCUGCGUAUCUUGGGGUUGAAAGUAUUGUUAUUGGAAUGCCUCAUAGAGGCAGAUUAAAUGUUUUAGGAAAUGUUGUCCGCAAGCCACUCAGACAGAUCUUCAGUGAGUUCAGUGGCGGUACAAAGCCUGUCGAUGAAGUUGGACUUUACACUGGUACUGGUGAUGUGAAAUACCACUUAGGUACGUCCUAUGAUCGGCCAACUCGGGGCGGGAAGAGAAUACAUCUGUCCUUGGUUGCAAAUCCAAGUCAUUUGGAAGCUGUUGAUCCAGUUGUUGUUGGGAAGACAAGGGCAAAACAGUAUUACUCCAAUGAUGUUGAUCGGACAAAGAACAUGGCUAUUUUGAUUCAUGGGGAUGGUAGCUUUGCAGGGCAGGGAGUUGUGUACGAAACUCUUCAUCUUAGUGCUCUUCCUAAUUAUACAACUGGCGGUACGAUUCAUAUCGUUGUCAACAAUCAAGUUGCUUUCACUACUGAUCCAAGAGCUGGGAGAUCGUCUCAGUACUGCACAGAUGUUGCAAAGGCAUUGAAUGUUCCAAUAUUUCAUGUGAAUGGCGAUGAUGUGGAGGCAGUUGUUCAUGCCUGUGAACUCGCAGCAGAGUGGCGUCAAACUUUCCAUUCUGAUGUUGUGGUUGAUUUAGUCUGUUAUCGACGAUAUGGACACAAUGAGAUUGAUGAGCCUUCCUUCACUCAGCCAAAGAUGUACAAGAUCAUUCGGAGUCAUCCUUCUUCUCUCGAAAUAUACCAGAAGAAACUGUUAGAAUCUGGGCAGGUUACCAAAGAUGACAUUGACAAGAUACAGAGUAAAGUUAAUUUGAUCCUGAAUGAAGAAUUCGUGGCCAGUAAAGAUUAUGUACCCAAAAGGAGGGACUGGCUCUCUUCUCACUGGUUUGGGUUCAAGUCACCUGAGCAGCUUUCACGUGUCAGGAACACCGGUGUGAAGCCAGAGAUAUUGAAAAAUGUUGGGAAAGCAAUCACAACUUUACCUGAGAACUUCAAGCCUCACAGAGGAGUAAAGAAGGUCUAUGAACAACGUGCACAAAUGAUUGAAACUGGGGAAGGUAUCGAUUGGGCAGUUGCAGAAGCACUUGCUUUUGCCACGUUGUUGGUGGAAGGCAAUCAUGUUAGACUGAGUGGUCAGGAUGUUGAGAGAGGUACUUUCAGUCAUCGGCAUUCUGUACUUCAUGAUCAGGAAACUGGGGAGAAGUACUGCCCAUUGGAUCAUGUCCUGAGUAAUCAAAAUGACGAAAUGUUCACUGUGAGCAACAGCUCUCUGUCGGAGUUUGGUGUUCUAGGAUUUGAGUUGGGUUACUCAAUGGAGAACCCCAAUUCCCUGGUGAUUUGGGAAGCCCAAUUUGGUGAUUUUGCAAAUGGGGCUCAAGUAAUAUUUGAUCAGUUCUUGAGCAGUGGAGAAUCAAAAUGGUUGCGCCAAACUGGGCUUGCGGUUUUGCUUCCUCAUGGUUAUGAUGGCCAGGGCCCUGAACAUUCAAGUGCGCGUUUGGAACGUUUCCUUCAGAUGAGUGAUGAUAAUCCUUAUGUGAUCCCUGAGAUGGAACCGACUCUCAGGAAACAAAUUCAAGAAUGCAAUUGGCAGGUGGUGAACGCCACAACUCCUGCUAAUUAUUUCCAUGUUUUGCGGCGUCAGAUCCACAGGGAUUUCCGUAAGCCUCUUAUUGUGAUGGCUCCUAAGAACUUGCUCCGCCACAAGGACUGCAAGUCAAAUUUAUCCGAAUUCGACGAUGUGCAAGGUCACCCAGGUUUUGAUAAGCAGGGAACUAGAUUUAAGCGGCUCAUCAAGGACCAGAAUGACCAUUCUGAUCUUGAGGAGGGCAUUAGGCGCCUCGUUCUUUGCUCUGGGAAGGUCUACUAUGAGCUGGACGAUGAGCGGAAAAAGGUCGGAGCAAAGGAUGUCGCUAUCUGUAGGGUUGAGCAGCUGUGCCCCUUCCCAUAUGACCUAAUCCAAAGGGAACUGAAGCGAUAUCCAAAUGCGGAGAUCGUCUGGUGCCAGGAAGAGCCAAUGAACAUGGGGGCUUACAGCUACAUCGCACCCCGCCUCAGCACGGCCAUGAGAGACCUUGGCCGCGGGACUUUUGAGGACAUCAAAUAUGUGGGCAGGGCUCCAUCAGCUGCCACAGCCACAGGGUUCUAUCAGGUCCACGUUAAGGAGCAGACGGAGCUCGUCCAGAAGGCCGUGCAGGCCAACCCAAUUAACUUUCCAUUUUGAACGAAGGUCCCUGCUUGGCAAAACUUGAGGAGUGAAUAAAUAAUGAUAUUAUCGAACCAGCAAGUAAUUGACUGGUCGUUUCUGGCUAUAAGGCAGGCCAGAACGGAAUGCUUCUGUUCAUCUGUUAAGGUAUUCUUUUUCAUUGUAUCCCUUUUUGAUCGAGCCUUUCCGGGGCAUUAUAGGACAUUUUCCUGCUUACAAAGCCAAACUACAUAUAUUCGAUUGUGAGAUUCUUUUGCGCUGCGUGAAGAAGGCGCUGGAAAAA